CUUUUCUUGGUAAGAAAUCCACAUGUCCUUUUUCAAUUUUAAGCUCAACAAGAAAAGAAACCAGAAACCAAUUCCUGUAAUAAAAUAAAUAAAUAAUUAUGCCCAUUUCUCGCUUUCUUUCCUUUUCCUCCAAAUACCGCCCAAGACAGGCUCUCAAUCUACUUGAAAGGCUUGGUCCAUCUAAGAGGGUUCAAUCGAGUAAUCUUUCAAAAUCAACAAGACAGAAUAACGGGAAGCUGGAUGUUCGUCUUGUAGAACAAGUACAAGUCGAACCACGGGUUCCUCGCUCCUAUGCCAUUCCAGCUGCUAUACUCGGAUUUGCUGGAUUGGCAGCUUUUGUGCAUUAUAAUGAUGAGAGGCGAGCAGUUCCAAAAGGUCAAGGCAGUGAUCGUGGCAAUGUCAAGGGUCCGACUAUUGGUGGUCCGUUCACCCUAAUUAACACAGAGGAUAAAGUAGUUACUGGGAAAGACUUUCUAGGAAGUUGGGUCUUGCUGUACUUUGGCUAUACAUCCUCCCCUGAUGUUGGGCCUGAGCAACUGAAAGUGAUGGCCAAGGCCAUAAACACAUUAGAGUCUAAAGCGAAUCUCAAGGUUUUGCCAGUGUUUGUCACACUUGAUCCUCAGCGUGACAAUCCCUCUCAUCUUCGUGCUUACCUUAAAGAGUUUGAACCAAGAAUAGUAGGAUUAACAGGAUCUGUGGGUGCUAUAAGGCAGAUGGCACAAGAGUACCGUGUUUAUUUCAGGAAAAUUGAAGAGGAAGGAGAAGAUUAUCUUGUUGAGUCUUCUCAUGACAUGUAUUUCAUCAAUCCAAACAUGGAGGUGGUAAGAUGCUUUGGCGUCGAGUAUAAUGCAGAGGAGCUAUCAGAAGCAAUACAAAAGGAAUUGAAGAGAACCUCGGCUUGAUUGUUUUGAAAAUUUUGAUGUGCUCGUAGUCUUCGGGGAAUUUUGUAUUUUUCAAGGCGUCUAACUCACAUUCCUAUUCUUUUCUUCUAUUUUCUCAAAAUAUAGUUGUAGCGUCAGGAAUGAACAUUUCCAAAUCCAUGACUUUUUAAAGAAUGUAAUGAUUUUUUGCUAUUCGAAACAGUUAGAAAAUGAGAUAGCAUUUGAUAGUC